AUGAUCGGAUUGAAGGGUACAUUAAACGUCAUUGACAAUUCCGGUGCUAUUAUUGCGGAAUGUGUUCGAGUGAUGAGUGGCGCUCGAUUUGCUAGAACAGGUGAUGAAAUUGUAUGCGUCGUUAAAAAAGCUAGACCUAUCAGUGCAACGAUCGCAGGAACACAAGCAGCAGCACAAAAGGUGAAAAAGGGAGAUGUUCGACAUGCAGUUGUCGUUCGUACCAGAAAAGAAGUAUCACGCCCAGAUGGACGUACCAUUCGAUUCGACGAUAAUGCCUGUGUUUUAUUAAACAAUAAGAAGGAACCACUGGGUACUCGCGUAUUGGGAGUUGUAGCUGCAGAAGUGAAAUAUAAAAAUUGGACAAAAGUUGCUUCCUUAGCACCUAAAGUUAUUUAA